AAAUAAUUCCGACGCUGUAAAAUUCAACACGAAUCCGCCACGAGCAACCGAGAACAUAGCUACGAUAAGGAUAGCAUCGCAACAGUUCCCCCGCGCCUCAGAAGGUGUCCGUCACCAUGCCUUCAGCACAGAUCAACCAGCCUUCAAAUCAAAUCAAACUGACAAAUGUCAGUUUGGUGCGCAUGAAGAAGGGCAAGAAGCGCUUCGAAGUUGCAUGCUACAAAAACACUGUUACAUCAUUUCGGGCCGGCAACGAGACGGAUCUCGACAAUGUCCUGCAAAUACCAAACGUUUUUCUGAACGUCAGCAAAGGGCAAGUGGCGCCGAAUGAAGAUCUCAAAAAGGCUUUCCCUGGCAUGACGAGAGACGAAAUAGUACUGGAGAUUUUGAAGAAGGGUGAGAUCCAGGUUGGCGAGAAAGAACGAUCGCAAGAGCUGGACCGAGUGCACAAGGAAGUUAUAGACAUCGUGGCUGGGCGGCUGGUAGAUCCAAAGAGCAAGCGCGUGUAUACCACAGGCAUGAUCGAAAAGGCUUUAGAUCAGUUGAGCAGCCAAGGUGGACAUGCUGGAAGAGCAGCAGGCAAAGCGGGCGCCGCUGGUGGAGACCGCAGUCAAAGCAGAGACCAGAGCGCACCAGCGGCCGGCUCAGGUGCAAGCACACCAGCUAAGAAUGGCGAACCUGCAGAAGUGAAGACUGAGGAGAAGCCAAAGCCAAAGUGGACUGGAGUGGUCACGAACCGAAGUGCAAAGUCGCAAGCACUGGAUGCUAUGAAAGCCCUGAUCGCACAUCAACCAAUUCCUGUGGCGAGGGCGAGGAUGAGGCUGCGAAUCACCUGCCCAACGGACGUGCUCAAACAGAAUGUCAAGACUGCACCAAAGGCCGAGGGCGAGGAGGCAACGACGGGAAGUGUCAAGGACAAGAUUCUCAGCCUUGUUGAGCAGGUGGAGACGGAAGAGAACACGGGCAAAGAGUGGGAGUGCAUAGCCUUCGUCGAACCAGGAGCUUACAGGCUGCUGAACGACUUUGUGAGCACACAAACGAAAGGCAAAGCUAGGGCUGAAGUCUUGGAUACGACCGUAACGCACGAAGAUUAGGCCUAUCGAGCAUGCUACAUUGGUUGUGCAGCGUUCGAGCGUCUACAAAAGCAUCAGAUCAAAAUCGAUUCACUAGACUGUUCUUUCCGGCAGUCAGUUUGUUUUGCCAAAG